AUGGCGACGGUAAAGGUAAAGUGGGGCAAGGAGCUUCUUGAGAUUACGGUCAGCCUUCAGAGCACGGUGGGGGCAUUCAAGGAAAAGCUGCUGCAGCUGACACAGGUUCCUGUGGAACGGCAAAAAAUUAUGGGCCUCAAAGCCAAUGCAUCCAAGGACGACGCUACGCUCUCCCAAGUUGGUGUCACUGACGGCAAAACGCUGAUGCUUCUUGGAGCGGCAGCGGAACCACCACAAACCAAAGAACCACCGCCGUCGCCAGCCGCCGCAUCCAACACGACAGCGGUCCAAGCUCCCGCUGCAGCCACGAGGAUGCCUACAGGACUGAGAAACAUUGCAAAUACAUGUUACAUGAAUGCGGCAGUUCAAAUGCUUCAUCUUGUGCCUGAGUUGAUUGAGUUGCUCCAGUCACGUAAAAAUGACACGUUGCUUCAUUCAAUGGGCGAGCUGUACAAGACGAUGGAAGCCAAUAAAGACCCCGUCACCCCGUUGCUCUUUUGGAAUGCCCUGAUCAUGCAAAAUUCAACCUUUGGGGAGGUUGACGAACAUGGCCAUCCGAUGCAGCACGACGCGCAGGAAGUUCUCAACACAAUUCUUCAGCAACUUAACAAUGGGAUUCAAGAAACACACAAAAAUCUUUUUAGUGGGACGAUGAAACGGACUUCCGUCUGCAAAGAAAUCCCCGAUGACGUGUCCGAGGCGUCUGACUUGCCAUUCCUCAUGUUAUCUUGCAAUAUCAAUGCAGAGGUACAAAUGCUGGAGACUGGAUUGUAUGCAUCCUUUAAUGAGACAAUCUCCGUCCGUUCGGAAAAGUUGGCACGCGAAGUACUUUACUCACGCACAAGCCGAAUCAGCAUUUUGCCGGAGUAUCUUUUUGUGCAUCUUGUGCGUUUUUCAUGGAGGGCAGAUACUCAAAAGAAGGCCAAAAUACUCAAGCCAGUCUCCUUCCCCCUGGUACUAGAUACCUUUACUCUCUGUACGGAUGCACUAAAGGAAAGCAUGCAGGAGGAACGAGGCAGGGUGUUGGCUCGGCGAGACAAGGAGCUUGAGCGACGUCGUCAAGCCCGGCAAAAGACACAAUUUGACGUUACCACAAACGCAGAAGAGGUGUCAACUGGGGCGAUGGCAGGUGACGCACAUAAAAUUGGCAAUAAGAGUGGUUACUAUGAACUUUGUGGUGUAAUUUCCCACAAGGGCCGAAGUGCAGAGAGUGGGCACUACGUCUUCUGGGGUAAGCCUGAGGAUCAGUGGUUUGUCUACGAUGAUGAGCACGUGGCCUCCGUGACAGAGGAAGACGUCAAGCGUCUGAGUGGCGUUGGUGAGGCGCACAUUGCGUAUGUUCUUAUGUACCGUUCUAGGGACCCACGUACAAAGGCCACGACGAUUCCACUUUGA